CUUGCAGCUAGCAUCAUGGCGUGGCCGUGCAUCACGCGGGCCUGCUGCAUCGCCCGCUUCUGGAACCAGCUAGACAAGGCGGACAUCGCCGUGCCUCUGGUUUUCACCAAAUACUCGGAGGCCACCGAGCACCCGGGCGCCCCACAGCAGCUGCCGCCGCCUCAGCUGCCGCCGGCGCAGCCCCCCUCGGCGCGCGCGGUCGCCAUAGAGACGCAGCCCGCCCAGGGCGAGUUGGAUGCAGUUGCCCGGGCAACAGGGCCGGCGCCAGGGCCUAGUGGCGAACGCGAGGCGGCCGCCGCCCCCGGCCGGGGCGGGUCAGGCCCCGGCCCCAGCUCAGGCUCCGCCUCCAGCACAGGGCCCGCGGACUCUGUGAUGCGUCAGGACUACCGCGCCUGGAAAGUGCAGCGGCCAGAGCCCAGCUGCCGGCCGCGCAGCGAGUACCAGCCGUCCGACGCGCCCUUCGAGCGCGAGACCCAGUACCAGAAGGACUUCCGGGCCUGGCCGCUGCCGCGCCGCGGAGACCACCCGUGGAUCCCCAAGCCCAUGCAGAUCCCCGCGUCCUCCGCGCCUGUUCUCGGGGCGCCCAAGCGCCGGCCGCAGAGCCAGGAGCGCUGGCCCAUGCAGGCUGCUGCCGACGCCCGGGAGCAGGAAGCCGCUGGCGGAGCCGGUCGCCCGGCGGCCGGAAAGGCAUCGGGUGCGGACGAGCACGACACCCGCAGGAAGGCCGGGCCGGCCUGGAUGGUGCGCCGCGACGAGGGGCAUGGGCAGGAGCAGAUGCCGGUGCCCACUGCCCAGGCCCAGGCCCCGGCCGAAGAGGGUCGUCCCGCGGCCGGAAAGGCGUCGGGUUCGGAUGAGCGCGACACCCGCAGGAAGGCCGGGCCCGCCUGGAUGGUGACUCGCGCCGAGGGGCUGGGGCCCGAGCAGACGCCGGUGCCCACUGCCCAAGCCCAGGCCCCGGCCGAAGAGGGUCGCCCCGCGGCCGGAAAGGCGUCGGGUUCGGAUGAGCGCGACACCCGCAGGAAGGCCGGGCCCGCCUGGAUGGUGACUCGCGCCGAGGGGCUGGGGCCCGAGCAGACGCCGGUGCCCACUGCCCAGGCCCAGGCCCCGGCCGAAGAGGGUCGCCCCGCGGCCGGAAAGGCGUCGGGUUCGGAUGAGCGCGACACCCGCAGGAAGGCCGGGCCCGCCUGGAUGGUGACUCGCGCCGAGGGGCUGGGGCCCGAGCAGACGCCGGUGCCCACUGCCCAGGCCCAGGCCCCGGCCGAAGACGGUCGCCCCGCGGCCGGAAAGGCGUCGGGUUCGGAUGAGCGCGACACCCGCAGGAAGGCCGGGCCCGCCUGGAUGGUGCGCCGCGCUGAGGGGCUGGGGCCCGAGCAGACGCCGCUGCCCACAGCCCAGGCCGGAGGCCCGGAGGGUGGCAAGGGACGCGCGGCUGCGGACGCCCUCAACCGGCAAAUCCGCGAGGAGGUGACGAGCGUAGUGAGCAGCUCCUACAGGAAUGAAUUCAGAGCCUGGACGGACAUCAAGCCUGUGAAGCCGAUAAAAGCCAAGUCUCAGUACAAGCCCCCGGACGAUAAGAUGGCUCACGAGACCAGCUACAGUGCCCAGUUCAAGGGGGAGGCGAACAAGCCGACUGCGGCCGACGCCAAGGGCACGGAGCGCAGGCGGAUACGCAGCCUCUACAGCGAGCCCUUCAAGGAACCCCCGAAGGUGGAGAAACCUAGUGUUCAGAGUUCCAAACCAAAAAAGACCUCAGCGAGCCAUAAGCCUCCGAGGAAGGCCAAAGACAAGCAGGUGGUGUCGGGCCAGGCCGCCAAGAAAAAGAGCGCAGAGGGCCCCGGCGCCGCCAAACCCGACGACAAGGAGCAAAGCAAAGAGAUGAACAAUAAACUGGCUGAGGCGAAAGAGAGCCUGGGCCAACCUGCCAGUGACUCAAGCAAGAAUCAAGGUCCUGGAGCCACAGAGCCAUGCAAGGAUCAAGGUCCUGUGGUCCCAGCACCAGGCAAGGAUCAAGGUCGUGCAGUCCCUGGGCCCCUAAAGAAGGAGGGCCCUGUGAUCUCAACACCAGUCAAGGACCAAGCUUCCCCGGGCCCGGUGCCUCCAAAGAAUCAAAGUCCAGUGGCCGCGGCAGGAGUUACAGAGCAAGGUUCCAGCACGUCCCAGGAUCACCGGCCUGCAGGCCCUGAGCCCGUGAAGAAUCAGGGCCCCGUGGUUCCAGCACCUGCUAAAGAUCAGGGUCCCAGGGGCUCAGCACCUCUCAAGGACCAAGAGCCCCCGGUCCCAGGGAACCUGCAGGCUCCAGGUGCCGUGGUCCCAGCACCUGUGAAGAAGGAAGACCCCGUGGUCUCUGAGCCUGUGAAGGAGCGAGGUGUAGUGGCACCCGAGCCAGCCAAGGACCAGGGAGUAGGCAUCUCAGAGCUUCUGAAGGGUCACGAUGCUGUGGCGGCGGCACCUGCGGAAAAGCAGGGUCCCCUGGUCCCCGAGCCUGGGAAGACGCCAGCCCCCACUGUCACGGCCAAGGACCCGGGUCCUAUGGUCCCUGAGCCCAUGAAGACACAGGUCCCCACUGUCAUGGCCAAGGACCCGGGUCCCAUGGUCCCUGAGCCCAUGAAGACACCGGCCCCCACUGUCACGGCCAAGGACCUGGGCCCCCUGGUCCCCGAGCCUGCGAAGACGCCGGCCCCCACUGUCACGGCCAAGGACCCAGGUCCCAUGGUCCCUGAGCCCAUGAAGACACCGGCCCCCACUGUCACAGCCAAGGACCCGGGCCCCCUGGUCUCUGAGCCCAUGAAGACACCGGCCCCCACUGUCAUGGCCAAGGACCUGGGUCCCCUGGUCCCCGAGCCUGUGAAAACACAGGCCCCCACUGUCACGGCCAAGGACCCGGGCCCCCUGGUCCCCGAGCCUGUGAAGACACAGGCCCCCACUGUCACGGCCAAGGACCCGGGCCCCCUGGUCCCCGAGCCUGUGAAGACACAGGCCCCCACUGUCACGGCCAAGGAUCCAGGUCCCCUGGUCCCCGAGCCUGUGAAGACACAGGCCCCCAUUUUUACAGCCAAAGACCCAGGUCCCCUGGUCUCCGAGCCUGUGAAGAUGCAGGCCCCCACUGUCACAGCCAAGGACCUGGGUCCCCUAGUCCCAGAGCCCGUGAAGACGCCGGCCCCCACUGUCACGGCCAAGGACCCGGGUCCCCUGCUCCCCGAGCCUGUGAAGAUGCAGGCCCCCACUGUCACGGCCAAGGACCCGGGUCCCCUGGUCCCUGAGCCCAUGAAGAUGCCAGCUCCUGUCAUCCCAGUGCCUCUGCAGGAUCAAGAUCCUCUGGUGCCAGCACCUGCAAAGGACCCAGGUCCUGUGGUCCCUGAACCUCUGAAGACUCAAGGGCCCAGGGGCCCUCAGCUGCCCACUGUCUCACCUCCACCCCCAGUCGUGAUCCCAACUGUCCCCCACGCAGAAUAUCUCGAGGGUUCCCCUUGAUGCUCACGCCUCGGUGUGCCCAUGAAGGCGCUGGCAGUGGAAGUGCUCCCCUGCCGGUGGCAGGGAAGACACACAUUUACUCUGCAUGAAACGUGCCCUACUGUCCUGCUGGAAGCUAAUAAAACUGGCCCCCUGGCUCAG